AUGUGCUGGGCUCCAGACCCACGACAUUUCCUCCUGCACCAUCCACACUCCCACCACAGCCACAACCACGAGCCCGGCCCCACCACCCACACCCUGGAGCAAAGGGAGUCGUCCACUUCAGAGCAUGCGGAGUGGCCUGACAGUGGAGGAGGGCCCCACACCUCACUGGCAGAGGAGAACGUUGAGCACAUCCUCUUAGAAAAUGAGUCUGGGAGAAGCACUACAUCCUCCAACACCACUGUAGGGGAGGAGGGAGGUGAUGACUUCCCACUGCCACCCACCUGUUCCAACCUGAGAGUGAUGGGCCACACCCUUGUCCUGGCCAGGUCCUCCUUCCAGGUGGUGGGGCUCCAUCCCUUCACUUCCUACUGGUUCCUGCUCCUGCCUCACUACAAGGGUGUGCUGGGUGUGCCUUCCAACAUGCAGUCUUUACAACACCACAGGAUGUGCCUGCAGGGUGGCCAGUGCUCUCAAGGUGGUGGGCCGCUAGAGUGGGGCAGGACACAUAUGCCCUCACCCUUCACUGGCGACCACUGCCCCCACACCUUGCCCACGGCAUCAUCAACAGGUAUCAGGUGA